GUGAUAACAGCAUAUAUGGAGUUAUACCCAGCUCAAUCUCCAAUUCUUCAAAUCUAAGGGAAUUACAUCUUUAUGAUAACAAAUUCAGUGGCCCGAUUCCUAACUCUUUGGGGGAUUUGAGACAGCUUGAACAUUUGAGGUUGUUCAAAAACCACUUAUCAUCUCCGCACCUAAGUAUCUUAACUUCUUUAGCGAAUUGCAGAUCUUUGAAAGAGAUAGCGAUAUCGCAUAAUCCUCUUAAUGGUGUUCUUCCAGAUUCCAUUAGCAAUCUCUCCUCCACUUCUCUUGAACGAUUUAGUGUAUAUUAUUCUGAAAUUAGGGGACAGAUACCAUUAGGAAUUGGUAAUUUAAGUAACUUAAACACUUUGUCCCUAUUCGGCAAUGCCUUGACUGGAUCACUGCCAAGAUCAUUAUGUGAUUUACAGAAUCUUCAAGUUUUAGCUCUUGAUCAAAAUAGGUUAACUGGACCCUUCCCAGAGUGCCUUUGCAAAUUGCCAGAGCUAGGCUACGUUAGUUUGUCGUAUAAUCAAAUAUCGGGUCCAAUAUCAUAUUGCAUUGGCAAUAGUACUACCUCUUUGAGAAAUAUUUACCUAAAUUCAAAUAGGCUCACUAACAUACCCAUGAGUCUAUGGAGCCUCAAAGAUCUUGUAGUUCUUCACUUGUCCAAUAAUUCUUUGGUUGGUUCUUUACCUCCAGAUUUCGGAAAUUUGGAUGCCAUAACAAAAGUAGAUUUGUCGAGGAAUCACCUUUCAGGAAGUAUUCCAACCACGGUCGGAGACUUGCAGAAAUUAAUUUAUCUUUCUUUGGCUUUCAAUGAGUUGCAAGGAUCUAUUCCUGAGUCAUUCGAUAAAAUGAUAAGUUUGGAAUGGGCGAAUCUAUCCAAUAACAUUCUUUCAGCAUCCAGGAUUUCAUACAUUGAAAUCGAAAGGGCAACUCAAGGGUUCGACCAAUGCAACUUGCUAGGCCGUGGAGGUUUCGGUUCUGUUUACAAGGGCAUCUUUGCGAAUGAGAUGGUUUUGGCAAUCAAAGUGUUUAAUUUACGUGCAUUCAAGAGUUUUGAUACUGAAUGUGAAAUUUUACGCAACCUUCGCCACAGAAAUCUUACCAAAGUUAUUAGCAGUUGUAGUAACAUGGAUUUUAAAGUAUUACUUGUAGAGUACAUGCCCAAUGGAAGCCUAGAGCAAUGGUUACAUUCUGAUGAUUACUACUUGAAUAUGAUCCAAAGAUUAGACAUAAUGAUCGAUGUUGCAUCAGCUUUGAAAUAUCUCCAUCAUGGUUAUGCAACAGUAGUUGUACAUAGCGACUUGAAGCCUAGUAAUGUCUUGCUAGACGAAAGACCGGUUGGGCACGUGAGUGACUUUGGCAUGACCAAGUUAUUAGGAGAAGGGAAAUCUAUUGCUCAUACUAACACACUUGUAACAAUGGGCUAUAUUGCACCAGUUCUGCCUUCAUCCGUUAAGAAAAUAAUUUACUCUAGCAACAUUGGAUCAGUAGGAUUAGUUUCUAGAAGAUGUGAUGUGUACAGCUACGGCAUAAUGCUCAUGGAAACAUUCACAAGAAAAAAGCCAUAUGAUGAAAUGUUUCAAGAAAAUUUGAGCAUGAGGAGUUGGGUCUGUAAUUCAGAGGAUAUUAUUGAUGCCACCUUAUUGGAACCAGAAGAGAUUGAUUUCAAGAAAAAGUUGCAUUGUGUGUCCUCUAUUUUGGAGUUGGCUUUGAAUUGCACAGCUGAAUCUCCUAAUGAGAGACUGAACAUGAAAGAUGUCCCGGCAAAUAUCAUGAAGAUCAAGCUCGAAUUUCUUCAGCAAAUGAUGUAG